ACGUUACCCCGCCCACUUGUGUUGAGCCCCGCCCCCUCUUUGAUAUUGUGAGGGAGUCUGCUGACGGGCUUCAGGCUCCACAAAGCGAAUCAGCCGCGGGGAUUUUCAGCCAAGAAACACGGUGGAAACCAGAACCCCAGCACCGACUAAUAACCUCCGAAACGGCACCGAGGGUUGUUUUACUUCCUUAAGAUUACUAUUAUCGGCGGUUUUUUUUUCCUUCCUCUUUUUUUAAUAGAAGAAGAAGGAGGCCGGUCGCUUGGGGAACGCUGCCGAAUGAAAUUGAAGCAGCCUGAAGCCGACGUGGAGGAGCCGCAUCUCCGGACAUUAUAAAAGUUUUCUACGGAAAUUUCAGGAGUAAAAAAAAUGACUGUGAAUUACGGAGCACGGACUAUGGUCCCAGACUGUCCUUAAACAACUCUGGACUUUUGGGUUUAUUUUAUAUAUAACUAGUUUUUUUUUUGGAAAGUGGGGAAGAGUUUUUGGUGGCGAGUUCACACCCUUUUUUUGCGCUUCGUACCUGCUUUGGGCGGAAGUUUACACAGUGAGCCUUGCUUGGACGGUUGGAGGAAAAGUAAAAAAACCUGGAGGAAACCUAAUCAGGCUGAACAUAUGCACAGAUAUUGACCACCCAGAAGCUCAGGAUGGAACCUGCAACUCCGGCACUGCGAGGCAUCAACACUUCCUUCCACGAGUGGACUCUCUGACCAAGAUCUCUACCUAUGAGAACUAUGUUGUCCAGCCUGAGCCAGUGGUUCUGGAAUGAGCGCCUGUGGUUUCCAGCGGGUUUGGGAUGGGCCGACCUGCAGGAUCGCGACGGCCGCAUCUACCCCAAAGGCUCUGACCUCUGGGUUACUCUUCCAAUAGCCCUGGUCUUUCUGAUCAUACGGCAGAUAUUCGAGAGGACUGUGGCACUUCGACUGGCCUCGGUGAUGGGAGUGAAGGAGAAGGUGAGAGUCCGGGCAGAUCCCAAUCCUACACUGGAGUCGUUCUUCUGCACCUCGAGCAAACAUCCAGGACAGAGUGUGGUGGAGAGUUUAAGUAAACAGACAGGCUUUUCCCAGCAACAGGUGCAGAGGUGGUUUCGCAGACGGCGCAACCAAGAGCGUCCGAACCAGCUCAAAAAGUUCAGGGAAGCAAGUUGGAGAUUUACAUUUUACCUUCUUGCAUUUGCUGGUCUGGCUGUUCUCGUUGACAAACCCUGGUUCUACACAAUGGAAGAGAUGUGGAAUGGCUUCCCAACAUUGGUUCUCUUGCCUUCUCAGUACUGGUAUUAUAUGAUCGAACUGGGUUUUUACCUUUCACUCCUCUUCAGCGUGGCGUCAGAUGUGAAACGAAAAGACUUCAAGGAGCAGAUUGUUCACCAUGUUGCCACCAUUCUCUUGAUCAGUUUCUCCUGUGUGAACUACAUUCGAGCAGGAACUCUGAUAAUGCUGGUGCACGAUGCUGCAGAUUAUCUGCUCGAGUCAGCCAAAAUGUUUAACUACGCCGGCUGGAGAAAGACGUGCAACUAUAUCUUCAUCCUCUUCGCCGCUGUCUUCUUCAUCACAAGACUUGUCAUCCUCCCGUUCUGGAUCAUGCACUGUACAUGGGUCUAUCCAGUGACCCUCUAUGCUCCCUUCUUUGGUUAUUACUUUUUCAACGGACUUCUGCUGGUGCUCCAGUGCCUGCACAUCUUCUGGUUUUUGCUCAUUCUGCGCAUGGCGAUCAAAUUUCUUCCCGGCAAUCACAUUGUGGAAGAUGAGCGUAGUGACAAAGAGGAGACUGACGACUCCGAGGAUGAGGACGAGGACGAGGUGCAGGAGAGACGCCCCAAGACGAAAAACGGACCUCUCCAGAACGGCCACUCCGCCUCCAAUAACAACCACCACCGCAAGAUGGAGUGAUUGGGUACGGAGAAGAGGAGAUGAGCAGAAGUAUUGUUCUCUCCUGUUCUCUGCCACACUUAUACACACAUCCAGACUAAUAGAUUGAGGCUGCUGGUUUGAAAGAUCGGCUUACACACAUACAGUCAGACGAACACCUCUGACCGAGUAUAAGGUUCACAUUUAAACACUAAUUCCCCCCGCAAAAAAAAUAAUGUCAAAUCAUUGUAACGGUCAGUUUUUUGUUUUAGUAAAAAAAAAAAAAAUGCACUGAAUCCUGCAGCAGAAAUCUCUAUUCAGUGACUCUUCCUCAACCUGCUUUAGUAAAUGACCUGCCUAUCGCCUGGUUAAUGUGAAGCCCUCACUCGUCCCCCGUCUUUCUUUCUAGCCUUACUGCUGUCGUCUCUCAUCACACGCAAACACUGUAAAUGCGUCAUUCCGUACCUGAAGCCAAACUCGGAUCUUGAGUGCGGAGUCGAUUUCACCAAGCGGCCUUUAGCUAGGUCUCCAAAACACAUUCCUUGUGUGUGUGUGUGUGUGUGUGUGAGACACACACUUGCACUGCCAUCAGCUCUCAUGUGUACUGCCUAUGUUUCAGUUGCACUAUACCUUAAUGUUGCUACACGCUAUCACUGCACUAGAGAUGAUCCCCUGAGCGUAGAGGACCACUGAUCAACAUUACCACUUAAACACACUCAGAUUAUAACCUGAUACGUCGAUUUUAAAACUGUACAGCCCGGUACAGAACAACCUACAAAUCUCUCUUAGCUCGAAUGAAGACACCUACAUUGUCCAGACUCACCAUCCUGAAGCUGAAUGUCGAAUUAUUCUGCCUUCAGUGCCUUAAAUUUGCCCGGGAAAAUUCAUCACCACUCGAACAUCUCGAAUCGACGUUAUUAAUGAACUCAGCGUCCAAAAUUAAAGAUUUGCUCCAAGUCGAACAAGGAAAAAAUUAUUAUUUUAUUUCGUCUAAAAACGAUUGCUCACAUUAUGAUUUUACUGUUUUUUUUUUUUUCUUCUAUAGUUUUUUUUUUUUUUUUUUUAUGAUUUAUUUUUAUUUUUUUAUGUUCGUGUUCAUUUCGUCUUUUUACACGCGGUCCACGUUUCUUCGCGAAGAUUCCAAGACAUUUCAGUUUUGAACAUUUUUGAUGGAAUGCCAUUUAUGUAAAAAAAAAUAAAUAAAAAUGUUGUUUAAUAUUGAUAGUUUAAUAUGUAUAAUAGUUGAAAAAAUGGGUUGAGUUUCUGGAGUCAGCUGUUUUGGGGGAGGGGGUAAUGAAAGGGCAUUUCCAUAAGAAAAUGUCAUUUCUAUACAAACGUGUUCAGAAUGGCCAGGUGAGAGGGAGGGGGUGUUUUACCAAAUAAAGGUAGUAGUUCAAUCAUAAGCCACUGUUGUAGUAUUAAUAAGAUAAAGAGUCAGUAUUUAUCUUCAUUAGGCCUUCAGGUGCACUUUAUAAAGCUUCGCUGCAAUGAAAUAAAGCCCAGAGUACGAGUGUAGGUCGGAGCGCUUUAUAGCCGAGUCACUUUGUAACACUAUGCAUCUGUAAAACUCGUAAAGCUUCAACAAGGCUGAAACACUGAAACAGACACGAGACGUUUAUGGGCUGAAGAAGGAAACAUGCCCGUGUGUAGAAUCAUUGGUGGAAAUUUUUUAUCGUCCAGCAAACUUCUCGACUUUUCAGCCAGAGUAAGAAUUAAUAGCGAGAAAACACCUAAGAUUAAGGAUAGGAAUAUGAUUGCGUAUAAUGUUUACAUGUUGUGGUCUUGUUUAUUUCCUGAAUCCUGUUAAGGCUUUCGCUGAAUCACUGAUUCAGCCGCCUGAGCGUUUUCACUUUUCUCAAGCGCUCUCGUUCCUGUUACCUCCGCUCUCCAAAGCGCGUUCGUCAUUAUUUCGGUACAAUCCAUUCAUGCCACUGAGCUUUGACUUCACCUUAAAUACCCCGAAAGCGGCCUUGAUUUCGUUUUACUACAUGGUACCUGGAAAAAAAAAAAACGUAUGCAGACGAUGUCGCCUCAAAUCUAAAAAGCAAUCCGUACUGAAGCAGAUAUGAUAGGAUUAAACUUCCAGAUAAUUCCUGUAAUUACUCUCUUCAGUCUCUUCCAACCUUUUCAUUUAUAUUCCUCUCUUUUCUGUUUUCCCCCUCUCCUUAUCGAAGUGAGUCCCCUGACAACCGAAUGCCAAAACCAAUUCAACCAAAUUAAAUCUCAUCAUCCAUUGUCUACAUCCCUGAUACACACAAAAACCUGAUCGGUGGCACGACUGCCAGUGUUUUUAUGUUGUAUUUUGUAUCAUCAUUAUGCAAUUUAAGAUAAAAGACUGUGGAUAACCAAA